AUGUCGACGGAAUCAGUGCUAGAGUUGCAACGAAGGUAUCACGAAGAGCGCGAACGAAUUACUGAUGCCGUGGUGAAGGAGAUCCUGGUCAAGAAGUCCAGCUUGAAGGAAAACAUCAAUUCGGAGCACAGGAUGAAGAUGCUUCUUGAGCGACAUAAUGAGGUGAGUGCACAGCUGCUGGAACUUUACGAGGACAAAGAUGGAGCGCGCAAAGAAGAAAUCCAGGCUUUGUCCGGUCCGAACGAAUUCGCCGAAUUUUACUCGCGGAUGCGAGCGAUCAAAGAGUUCCAUAGACGGCAUCCAAAUGAGAUCAGCGUGCCGAUGUCCGUUGAGUUCAUGGAGUGGGACAAGUUGAGAGAAAACCCAAGUGACGAAGCAAAUUUGGUGGACUUCUCUGGAGAGGAAGGAUAUGGCAGGUACUUGGACCUGCACGAAUGUUACCUCAAGUACAUCAAUCUCCGUGGUAUUGAGAAAUUGGACUACAUUUCUUAUCUGGAAACGUUUGAUCAGUUAUUUGAUAUUCCGAGGGAGAGAAAGAACGCCGAGUACCUUUCGUAUUUGGACGCCCUUGUGACGUAUUUUGUAGAAUACGUUGGGAAAGUGCGUCCUUUGCUCGAUUUGAACAAGGAGUUGGACGAAGUCACCAAAGAUUUCGAGAAGCAGUGGGCUUCAGGGUCAUUUCCGGGGUGGUCGAAAGAAAACAAAGAACCUCAGGCAUCCGCAAACGACGGAGAACACUUGGAUUUGUCUCCAUUCAAUACCUGGGAAGAAUUGGCGUCCUUGGGAUUGGACCGAUUGAAGUCGGCCCUAGUUGCAUUGGGCUUGAAAUGUGGAGGAACGUUGGAAGAACGAGCCCAGCGCUUGUUUUAUACCAAAGGAAAGAGCCUUUCGGAAAUCGACGCUGGUCUUUUUGCGAAAACAAAAGCGAAGAACCGUGGAAAGGACGAGUUGAAAAUGAAGGACAUUGCCUUCACGGAAGCAAAGGAAUGGCGGCAUGCUCACGGGAUGCGGUGCUUGGGCAUUCCGAAUACGGCACAUUUUGCGAACGUCACUGAUAUCGAAGAUGCUAUGAGAUUGUGGGAAAAGCUGAAAGGACAGAAAAAUGAUGAGAGAUGGAAGCCCGAGCAGGAGGAAGAAUACGAAGAUUCCCAGGGCAACGUGGUGAAUAAGAAGACGUAUGACGAUCUCAAGCGACAAGGACUGCUUUGA